UUGAAGAACCUACAAUUUCGAUACAUUCUGCAGAAGUUAGUUGAGUUUGGUUGAGUUUAGUAUUUUAAGAGGACCAGCAGUAACGUUAUAUGUCAGAUCAUGGGUAUAACAGGCUUAAUACCAUUUCUUAAGAAAAAGAAUCCGGCCAUUGAACGUGGACAUUUAAGGGACUUCAAAAAUAAAAGGGUUGCUAUUGAUGCCUACUGCUGGCUCCACAGGGGAGUGUUCUGCUGUGCAGAAGAUUUGUUCUUUGGACGUAAAACUACAAAAUAUAUAGACUACUGUAUGAAAUAUAUAAAUCUUUUAAAGCAUUUCAAGAUAAUGCCAGUUCUUGUCUUUGAUGGGAAGAACAUGCCAAUGAAGAUUGUUGACAAGAGUAGGCAUGAAAGUAGGACAGAUGCUAGGAAUAAGGCAAAUUUGUUGGUUGCCAGUGGUCAAAACCAAUUAGCUAGACCAUAUAUGUCAAGGGCUAUUGAUAUUACACAUGAAAUGGCUUUAGCUUUAAUUAAAGUCGCUAGAAAUGUUGGGGUUGAAUGUAUUAUAGCUCCUUAUGAAGCAGAUGCCCAGUUGGCCUUUUUAGAGAUUAACAAUUAUGUGGACUUUGUGAUAACUGAAGACUCAGAUCUGAUUGUCUAUGGAUGUAGAAAUAUAUUUUUUAAAUUAGAUGAUAGUGGUGCAGGAGAGGUUUAUACACAGACUAAGCUCUGGUCAGCACUUCAGCUGACUCAGCCUGAAAAAUUCGAAUUCCGCAAAUUCAGACAUGCCUGUAUUUUAUCUGGCUGCGAUUACGUGCAGAAUUUGCCCGGAAUAGGACUCGUAAAAUCGUGGAAAUUCAUGUGCCAAAUAAUUAACUCAGAUAUACGAAAAUUCCUAUUAAAAAUCCCAUUGAAAUUGAACAUGCCCAACCUGGUUGUUGAUGAUGAUUACAUUGAAAAUUUUGUAAUGGCAGAUAUUGCUUUUUCAUGCCAAGAGGUGUUUGACCCUAAACUUAAAUUACGAGUCCCGGUAAAUUUGCCUAGCGUUAAUGAAAUCCGCGAUGAAGAUUAUUCUGAGUUCAUCAAGAAAUUUUUGAAGGAAUCCGUAGAUUGCUAUCAAUUGGCUCUUGGUAAUAUAGAUAUGAAUAACAAGGUUUAUGACAAUUACAAUCCAGAAAGUAAGCUCGGCUCUAUAUUUUGUUCUCACAAGAAAGGGAAAGAAAAUGAAAGCAUCAAACCAAAUCAGAGUAUUAUUUCGUAUAAAAGAGUAAAACCAGUUGAUUGUCAUAAAAAUAAAGUGGUAAUUGAAGAAAACAUGGAAGAAUGCUUGAAACCAAUAGAAGAACUAGUCCCUACCGGUAAAUAUUUCUUUAAGAAGAAACAACCCGAGCCCGAGGUUAAACCUGCUGAAAUUAAUCAUUCCAUUUCCACAAUCAGUAAAUUUUUCAGACACAAAUAUGUUAAAGAAAAAGGUGAUGUGAUAAGAAGACCAGAACCAAUUAAUGUUAAAGAUAUAGAAAAUAGUGGAAUUUUGAAAUUAGAUAAUGAAAAGAUAAAAGUAUUACUAAAUAAUCAGACUGUUGCUGAAAAUGACGAUUCUUUGAUGGAUAGUUCAUUUGAUGAAGAGAGGACAAAAACAAAUCUGAACGCAUUUAAGAAAACCAAUACAAGACAAUCCAUUCAGAUUAAGCCAGAACCAAUGAGCGAGUCUAGUUUUACUGGAGAGGAAUCCUCAACUAGGAUAAAGGUAUCUUCAACUAUGAUAGAGGAAUCGUCAACUAUGAUAGAGGAAUCAUCAACUAGGAUAGAGGAAUCGUCAAAUAGGAUAGACGAAUCCAUGGAAAUUGAUGAAGUUGAAGAAAAUGAAAUAGUUGAAGAUGAUAAUAAAGUAUCAAAAAAUUCUGAAAUAAUUAAAGUAGUGGAUAAAAACAAUGUACCUGUUGUGAAGAAAGAGCGUGUGCAGAAACCAUUAAUACCAGAAAGGAAAAAGCCGACUCUGAACGCAAUUAAGAAAACAAUUACAAGACGGUCCAAGGUGAAACCGAAUCAGGCGACGAUGUUGAACUUCUUCAAAAAAGUAUAAGCCUAAAUUCACCACAAUUUUAUUGUGAUAUUUUAAUGUGUAUCCAUUUCCCUGAAGUUUAUAAUAAUUUAUUUUUAUACAUAUAUAUGUUUUUUU